CGCUUGCCCCAGGAUGGACGCGGCAGACCCUCACCAGGCGCGCACUACAACGACCCGUCUCGGGAUCUCUUUGAGAAACGCUCGAACGAACAAAGGGGCUAUGGCGAUCGCAGGCCACCACCCCCAUCACAGCAGCGCGGAGGGGACAUGCGUUAUGCCAUCGUCUCGAUGCCUAACGAGGCCCUCGCCUUCUCCAACCGCGUCGUCGUGAACCCCUCCGAUUUUCCCUCUGGCCAGCACGUCCUCGUCAAGCGGGACUUUCCCAUGACCACCCUCCACGACAACACCGGCAAAAUCGCCCCGGGCACAAUCGCCGUCUCCCAAGGGCACCGCGAAUGGAUCGGCCUCUCCCUCGUCGGCGACAGCGCCCCCAUCGACGCCCUCCCCGCCCCGCCACACUCCGCCGCCCCGCCCUUCCUCGAGUCGCUCGACCUCACCGUCGGCUUCAUCCGCAAGAACUACGACGCGGGCGGCAAGCCCUUCAGCGCGGACGACAUGACCAAGACCUUCCUCCGCGCGUACGCCGGCGUCGUCUUCGCGCCCGGCGAGAUUCUGACGUUCGAGUUCCACGGCGAGAAGCUGCGGCUGCAGGUCGUGGGUGUGCGCGGGCUGGAGCUCGCGGAUGAGCAGCAGCUCGGGAGGGGUGGGGGUGGGGGCGGUGGGGGUGGGGCGUCGGGAGCGGGAGGGCAGAUGGGCAUUUUGAUGGAGAAGACGGAUGUGACGAUGAUGAAGGCGGGGGACAGUCCGAUUGUCAUCAAGUCGAGCGCGAGGAAGGCAGCGUCGAACGCGAUCAUCGCUCCCAACUUCAAGUUCGAGGAGAUGGGCAUCGGCGGUCUCGACGACGAGUUCGGCUCCAUCUUCCGCCGCGCCUUCGCCUCGCGCGUCUUCCCCCCUGCACUCGUCGAGAAGCUCGGUAUUCAGCAUGUCAAGGGUAUCCUCCUGCACGGUCCCCCGGGAACCGGGAAGACGCUCAUCGCGCGUCAGAUCGGCAAGAUGCUGAACGCGCGCGAGCCCAAGAUCGUCAACGGCCCCGAGAUUCUAAACAAGUACGUCGGUGCGUCGGAGGAGAACAUCAGGAAGCUGUUCGCGGAUGCCGAGAAAGAGUACAAGGAGAAGGGCGAGGAGAGCGGGCUGCAUAUUAUCAUAUUCGACGAGAUGGAUGCUAUAUUCAAGCAGCGCGGCUCGACGAACAGCGGGACGGGUGUCGGGGACACCGUCGUCAACCAGCUUCUGUCCAAGCUGGACGGUGUGGACCAGCUGAACAACAUCCUCGUGAUCGGCAUGACGAACCGCAUGGACAUGAUCGACGAGGCCGUGCUGCGCCCCGGGCGGCUCGAGGUGCACAUGGAGAUCUCCCUCCCCGACGCACGCGGGCGGCACCAGAUCCUGCGCAUCCACACGACGAAGAUGCGCACGAACAGGGUCAUGGCGGACGACGUCGACCUGCCCCUGCUCGCGGACAAGGCGAAGAACUUUUCGGGCGCGGAGAUCGAGGGCCUCGUGAAGAGCGCGACGUCGUUUGCGUUUAAUAGGCAUAUCAAGGUCGGGACGAUGGCGGGGAUCGGGGAGGACGUGGAGGAUCUGAAGGUGUGUAUGGCGGACUUUGAGUGUGCGCUGGAGGAGGUGCAUCCGGCGUUUGGCGUGUCGGAGGAGGAGCUGGAGGAGGUGACGCAGAACGGGAUGAUUCCGUAUGCGCCGAUCGUGCAGGACCUGCUCGACAGGGGGCACCUGUUCGUGAAGCAGGUGAGCACGUCGACGCGCACGCCGCUCGUGAGCGUGCUGCUGCACGGGCCGCCCGGGUCGGGGAAGACGGUGCUGGCGGCGACGAUCGCGCAGACGUCGGCGUACCCGUUCAUCAAGCUCAUCUCGCCCGACCGCAUGGUCGGCUUCUCGGAGGCGCAGAAGAUCCAGGCGAUCAGCAAGACGUUUGCGGACAGCUAUAAGAGCCCGCUCAGCGUGAUUGUGGUGGAUAAUCUGGAGCGGCUGCUUGAUUGGACGUCGAUCGGGCCGCGGUUCUCGAACUCGGUGCUGCAGACGCUGCUCGUGCUCAUCGCGCGCAAGCCGCCCAAGGGCCGCCGGCUGCUCGUCAUCGCCACGACGUCGCUCCGACCGCUGCUCACCGAGCUCGGGCUCGCAGACGCGUUCGACACGGAGAUGCGCGUGCCGCCGAUCUCGAACCUCGCCGCGCUCGAGGCGGUGCUGCGGGAUGUGCAGCUGUUCCCCGACGAGGAGGGUCUGCGGGGUCUGCUGGGGUGGCUUGCGGACGCGGGAUUCGCACGGACGGAGGAGGGGGAGGAGGGGGCGCAGGUGAAGAUGCAGGUGGGGAUUAAGAAGCUGUUGAGUUUGGUGGAGAUGGCGAGGCAGGAGCCGGAUAGUGCGGGGGUGCGGUUGAUGAAUGGGCUUAUGGGGCUGCAGUAGGCUGGGGCUUGGAGGGUUUGAGAUGUGGUUGUGGGAUUUGUAUAAUAGACGGCAACGAUGAUACAUGUGU